AUGAGCAUCGUCUUUAAUAUGCUGGCGUUGAGCUGGAUUAUAUUCUCAGAGUUACUACUCGGUGCCCACUUCCUGGAGAUUGUGAAGAUGGAUUCCAUCCGCAAAUACCCUCCGAUGUUGAAGGUGGACAAGACGGUGAUUGGUGUCAACGAUACCUUAAGGGCUGUGUGCAGGGCGAGUCUGUGGCCAUCUGAUGUGCCGGCCAAUAUUACAUGGAGCAUAAACGGACAACAGGACUCCCGAGCAGCGGAUAAGGGUUCUAUCAUGAAAUCCUCUCUGGAGAUCUACCCGCAGAGCAGCCUGCUCAAGUUUUUCCGUGCAAAAAAUACCAGUGUGAAUUUGCAGUGUAAGGUGACUUCUUUGGAAGUGGUUAAGAUUUUCAAGCAGCAGAUCGUUCUGAGUAUGCCGCCGUCGAAGACCAUAUCGCCUAAUCGGCUGGACCUCCGAAGAUCCAAGCGGAAUGCCAACGAGGUUCCUCACAGCUUAGCGCUAACUGCAGCCUCGCAGCGCUGUUGCAUUUACUACGGAGCAUUUGGAUCAAUUUUGGUGGCGAUUUUCACAAUGGCGAUAUCGCAACUAUUUACGUAA